CACGUGUACCCUGACUAGGCUGCUGAGAUGGAUUAAAUUUUGCUCACUCAGCUGCCACGUAACCGGGAGAGUAAUAGAUCUGUGAUACGUCAGAGGCGGCGUGCUAUGGGCAGUUAAUGUUGUUUCUCUGUAACCCUAGAUAAAUGCUCCAACAGUGCUGCUGGAGACAACAGAUGUUCUCUCUGGUGAUGGACCAAGUAAAAGAAGACGUUUAAGGGUGUUAUUCUAGGCGUCUCUGCAGAGUUAACCAAAGAAGAAGCUGUCACGAUUGGAAAUUGCUCUGCCGCCUCUGCGUAAUUGAAGCGGCUUGGGAUGCACUGAACCUGGGGUACAAUGCACUGCCAAGGCGUGGGAUGGAGAUUGGUUUCUACUGGUGGAAGGACUUGAACUUUUGGCAUCCAGUAGUUGCCAUGGGUAUAUAUGAUGCAGUUGUUGCCAUCUGUAAGUUGUCGAUCUCUACAGGUUGUGGAACACGCCUAAUAUAUGGAGCCCAUGCAGAUUUCUAUUGGCAAGGAAUCAAAUUGGGUUACCCAUGCUCAUGUACCACACUACAAGUACAAGGCACAUAUAGAAGUUUCUAAGAGCUGCUUUUGAAGUCUAACUUAGCCAGAUCUGAGGACAACUUUGAAGAAUCCACACAUCGUUACAAUAAAAAAAGUACGGCUACACCUAGGUCAUAUGGCAUAAAACCGAGAUUGCUUCUAGGGAUAGAACUAAGUGCCAUCCAAACUUCAAGAAAAGCCAUGAACACGAAAUUUCAAGAAGGAUAUACCAACAAGCACGAAAAAGGCGGAAACUCAUUCUUGAGAAUAAGAGAAGCAAACAGAGGCAGAUGAGCACAAGUGGUCAGACAACUCUAACCACAGAAGGUAUGGCAGGCACCCCAAGAAGAAAUCAGCCCCAAACACAACAACGCACAUGGCAUGAAAAUAAUCCAGGUAAGUUUAUAACUACAGAACACACUACGAAUACAAUUUCUAAAAUAUUUACAUUGUUUCUUAAUUAGAAAUCAGCAAAAAAACCCAUUAGUUUAGCACUUCCUGAACUACGACACUUGGCAGAUCCUAACAAAUAUCAGAGGAACCAAAAACUUGCCUGAUGCAGAUGACAAUCGCUGGACAUGGAGAUUUAUUUAUGCAAAUAAUGCUUAAUGCUCUAUAAUAAAGAAAAAUUGGUGACAGCAACUACCUUCGUUA